ACAACAAAAUUUUUGUGAAUGUCAAAAAUUUCAGCUGCACUUCUAAUCUGUGAUAGUUAAAUUUCGGUGUUUGGUUGAAUUUGUUCGUGUGUUUUUCAAUUAUUUACCUGGUUCGAAGAAUAACUCAAAUUCUAAAUUAUUUUCGAAAGCUAAUAAUUAUAUAGACGUCAUCUUAGACAUGAGUGAUUUUAAAAGAGCCGCAAAUAGUUUGCCUGAGGAGGGCGAAUUGGAUGCAUUAAUCGCUGACACAAAUUUAUUGAUAGAAUCCGUUUACGACAUGUUAGAGCGGCCACGGCUCUCACCAUCAAGCCCAGUGAUACCAGUGACGAUACCCAGAUCGCACAAUAGCAGCGAUAGCAGUGGCCAACUUGGUAUUGCCAGUUUUAACUCUCCGAAGACGCCAAGGACACCACUUACAUGUCCAACACGUACGACUACCAUGAGCACACCGUCAAGCAGAGAGAUUGAUCGUGAAAUUCAUCGAAUAGAUAAUUUUUGCCAGUUAUUGGAGAACAAUUUGCGUUCAGUGACGAUGGAACAGGAUCAACUCGUUGAGAAGCGUUUGAGACUAACAUUACCCAGUAGUCCACAAAAUAAGACUAAGAAAAGAUCUCCACAAAAUACACCUCCACGUGGUUCAGCACAAUCCACUAUUUCUGUGCGCUCGCCAACUCCUGAGGAAAUAAUUGAUUUGAGUGAUUCUAUGUAUAUGCCCGCACCAAGUAGGGCUUCAUGUCCAUUAAAUGUUAGUGACGAUGUAAUUAUUAUAUCUCCAAGUGAUGACGAAGUGGUUGAUCUUUCUACACCAACAUUCUGUCGAAAUAUUGCUCGUACAAGGAAUAACCAUUAUAGUAGAAUGCCGCAGAUUCCCGACUCUAACGUAAAUCAUACAAUAUAUGACAAUGCGAUACGACGUAGUCUGAUUGCUUCACGACGUUCAACGGACGCUGGCAGAUCUUCAUCGCGACGCUCUCUCUCUUCGCUCGCUUCAACGUCAACAACAAAUAUAGGCGCAGCCAAAGAACAGGCAAAUGCCAACAAUAAGAAAACGCCAAAUUGGGUGCCUGGUGCGCAUUGUGAUAAUUUGGGUGGAAAUGAAAAUGAACGUACACCAUUUAUGUGCCCUGUAUGCAUGGAGAGUUGCAUUAAUAAUGAGCCUACCUCCACCAAGUGUGGUCAUGUUUUCUGUGCCAGAUGUAUACGCGAAGCCAUACGGUUGACACAUAAAUGCCCUAUGUGCAACAAAAAGCUCAAACCAAAUAUGCUGUUUCGUAUAUAUAUUUGAAUGGAGCGCGAAUCUUGUAGCAAAAACAAAAAAUACUACAGCUUCUGCAUUUUUGAUAGGAGCGGUAGAGUUAUAUUUAAUAUCAUGCAUCAGAUAAUUCAGUAUUUUAUUUAAAAUUAUAUACAAUCAAGUACUGUUUAAAUAACAACUAAAAUUUUUUCCACAACGUAUUAAAUUUAUCGUGUACUACUAAUUAUAAUUGGAGAUUUUUGCAGCAAGCUCUGUUAGGCCCAUUUUUUCUCUAACUAUUGUUUGUUUUUCUACGAUCCAUACUAUAGUAAGAAUUAUAUAUUUUGAUACAUUUACAUUUGUGAGCCGAUAGCGAUAGAAUAAGUUAAUAUUUUAGUAGUGAUUUUUUUUAAGUAAGAUGCAUAUGUUUCAAAACCUUACCAAUUUUACAUAUUUUAUUUUUUCAUUUUUUCAUCUUCAAAUUGAAGCAUAAGAACAAACAAUUUAGCUUAAAAUAACUUGGUGAAAACA